AUGAUUACUUAAAUCAAUGAAGAUUCUCCUUUAAAAUAAGAAAAGAGGGAAAGGAAAAGGAAGCCAAUAAAAUAUAUUUAACUUUAUAGAUUUGCAAAUCAUAUGGAUUAUUUAUGGAUAGUGAUAAGUAUAUUAGGAGCAAUAGGAAAUGGUUUAUCAAUGCCAAUUUAUUCAAUUAUAUUUGGGAACCUGACUGAUUCUUUUGCUUAUGAAGAUGCUGAUACAAAGUUGAAUAAGGCAGUUUUGAACACUAUGUAAUAAGUUUUUUAGGUAUAAUAGUUACAUGUUUGUAUUGGGAGUUUGUACUCUUUUGGUGACUCUAAUUAUGUAUACAACAUUUUCAAUAGCAUCUGAAAAUUAAAAUAAAAGAUUAAGAAAGUAAUACUUAAAAUCUCUUUUGACAAAAGAAGUGAAAUGGUAUGAUGAGAUAAAUGCAAAUGCUUUGAAUACAAAAGUCAACUAAGAAUUAUUAGCAAUUGCAGAUGCAAUAGGAGACAAAGUUAUUACAUUUGGAUUUUCAAUGGCAACAUUCUUAAGUGGUUUUCUAGUCGGAUAUAUUAAGUAGAUAAUUUUAAAUGAAUUAUAAUAGAGGAUGGAAAUUAGCUCUAGUGAUUACAUCUGCUUUACCUGUUCUAGCUAUAACGAUAGCACUUAUUGGUAUUUCAGCAUCGUGGAGAGAAUAAUUCAUUUAAAAAUCAGAUAUUGAAUCCUCCUCAUUAGUUGAAGAGGUAAUUUUAAAUUAAUUUAAAAUAAGGUAUUAAGUUAAAUUAAAACAGUAAAAACUCUAAAUGGAGAAGAUUUUGAGUUUGAAAGAUUUAAAAGAAUAAUCAUCAAUUCUUCUAAAUCUCUAAUAAAAUAUGGAUUGUAUUAUGGAUUAGCCUUUGGAUCAAUGUUGGGAAUAUAACAAUUUACUUAUGCUUUAGGCAUUUAUUAUAGUGGAGUUCUAGUAACUGAAUAGGUAAGGAAAUGUUAAUAUAUUCUAAGAUUGAUCCUAACUAUUCAGGACCUAUUUAUACUUCUGGAAGUAUAUGUACUAUUUUCAUAUCUGUUUUGAUGGGUAGUCUAUCUUUAGGUAAAAUUGGUCCUUGUUUAUCAAGUUUUGCAAAAGGGAAGUUAGCUGCUGCAGAAGUAUUUCAGAUUAUUGAUGAAAGUGAUAGAUGUGAAUUAUAAAGAAAUUAAAUAAUUAAAGAAAGUCUUGAAGGUGAUAUCAAAAUUUAAAAUAUAUCAUUUAGUUAUCCUACAAAAUUAGACCAUAUUGUAUUAAAAAAUAUUUCAUUUGUCAUACCAGAAGGAAAGAAAAUAGCUUUAGUAGGGGAAAGUGGUUCAGGAAAAUCAACAAUUGGAUAGCUUUUAUUAAAAUUUUAUUAAAUUGAUAUAGGUUAAAUAUUAGUAGGUAAUAAUGAAAUACCUUUGAAUUAAAUUGAUAGAGAUUAAUUCAGAGAGUAAAUCUCUAUUGUAUCAUAAGAACCUGUAUUAUUUAAUACUACUAUUCGAGAAAAUCUUAAAUUAGGUAAUCAAAAUGCAUCAGAUGAAGAAUUGAUAAAUAUGUUGAAUCUUAUGAAUUCAUCAGAAUUAAUAGAUCAUUUAGAUACAAAUGUUGGAUUUAAUGGAAAUUAAUUUAGUGGAGGUUAAAAAUAAAGAAUUGCUUUAGCUAGAGCCUUACUUUAGAAUCCUAAAAUUUUAAUUUUAGAUGAAGCUACAAGUGCUUUAGAUAGAACUAAUGAAUAAUAAAUAACAAAAAUUAUAGAUGAAAAAUUCAAUAAAACUACAAGAAUUGUUAUUGCUCAUAGAUUAUCUACUGUAUAAGAUAGUGAUAAAAUUAUUGUCUUUAAUAAAGGAGAAAUAAUAGGAUAAGGAACACAUGAAGAAUUAAUUAAAAAUUGUGAACAUUACUCUUAUUUAAUAUCAAAAUAAUAAAGAAAAGAAGAAAAUACCAUAGGAACUUUAACUUCUUUAGAAAUGGAAACUUAAAGGAAGAUAACUGCAAGAUCACUGACUAAAACCAAUAUUUAAGAAAUUAAUUAAUUUGAUAAGGCUAAAAUAUAGAAUUAAAAUAAUUAGAAUGAAAAAAAAUUAUUGUUUGGAAAAGAUUUCAAUAAAUCUGAAUUAACAGAUAAUAAUAGAUUUGAAAUGUCAUUUUGGAGAAGUAUUUACAAAUUAUUAAUUUUAAAUUAUAAAGAAAUGCCAUAUUUAAUUGUUGGAUGUGUUUCAGGCUUAGCAAAUGGAUCAAUUUUCCCUAUUUUUUCCUAAAUUUUAGCUGACGUUAUAGAUAUUCUUUUAAUUCAUAAUCCUAAUAGAGUUAAUUCAAUUUAAAAUUAAGAAGAAAGAUAAUAAUAAAUAGAUGCUCUUAAUGAUACUAUUAUUAAAAGCUCUAUUAUAUUACUCAUUAUAGGAUUUACAUAUUUUGUUACAAGUACUUUAGAAUGUUUUUGUUUCAGUGUUUAUUCUGAACGCUUAACAAUCAGAAUGAAAUAUGAAAUAUAUUAAAAAUUCUUGAGACUUCCUAUAAGUUUUUAUGAUUAAUAAAAUAAUAAUAUAGGUUUCUUAACUCCUAAAGUAACAACAGAUAUAAGACUGAUUUAGUAAUUCUUUUAAAAUAUUAUUGGAUUUAAAUGCCAAUAUUAUUCUGCUAUCAUAGUAGGAUUUGCUUUAUCAUUUGCAGCAUCAUGGAAAUUAACUCUUUUAGCUGUUGGUUUAGCUCCAAUAUCUUAUAUAGGUGGGCGUUUAAGUGAGAAAUAUGUAAUUGGUUCUUAAUAAUCUUUUGCUCAAAAAGCUUAUAUUAAUAGUAACAAAUUAUUGAUGGAUACCUUAACAAAUAUUAGAACAGUUUAUUCAUUAAGAGCAGAAAACUUUAUUGUUAAUUAAUAUACUAAACUUUUAGAGGAACCUUCAAAAUAAGUCAAGAAAUUUGGUGCUUAAAUUGGUUUCAGUUCAGGUUAUGCUUAGAUGAAACCAUUUUUUGUAAAUGGAUAUUUAUUUUUAAUGGGAACACUUUUAACUAUUUAUGAUGAUCUCUCAAUUUUAGCUAUUUAUUAAACUAUUUUAGCAAUUAUUUUCUCUGUUAUUGGAGGAGCUAAAACUAUCUAUUUUUAAUCAGAUAAUAAUAAAACUAAAAAUUCAAUUUCUUAUUAUUUUAGUCUUCUGGAAUUUGAAGAUGAAUUUUAAAAAUAGGAAAAAUCUAAAUCUCCCAAAAUAUAAAAAGAUAUAUAUGGAAAUAUUGAAUUCAAAAAUGUAACUUUUUAUUAUCCUUAAAGACCAAAUAUUCUUGUCUUCAAUAAUUUAUCUUUUAAAAUUGAUGCAGGUCAUAAUGUAGGAUUAGUUGGAUGUUCUGGUUGUGGUAAAUCAACUAUUUUUUAACUCCUUUUUAGACUUUAUGAUAUUAAUUCUGGAGAUAUUAUAUUAGAUGGUUUAUCAAUUUAUGAUUAUGACCUUAAAUUUCUUAGAUAAUAAAUCUCUAUUGUUUCUUAAGAACCUUAAUUAUUUAAUGAGUCGAUUGCAUACAAUAUAAGAUAUAAUUUAAAAAAUAUUAAUCAAAAUGAUAUUAUUUAAGUGUCAAAAUAAUCACUAGCUUAUGAAUUUAUAAUGUAAGAAUAAUGUGAAGAUUAAACAAAUUCAGGAUUUAAUAAAAAAGUUGGAACGAAAGGUACUUUAAUAUCUGGAGGUUAAAAGUAAAGGAUUGCUAUUUCUAGAGCUUUAUUAAGAAAUUCUAAAAUAUAUUUGUUUGAUGAAUCUACCAGUGCUUUAGAUUCAAAUGUUGAAUCUUUAGUAUAGUAAUAGUUAGAACAAUGCUUAAAGGAUAAAACUUCUAUUAUUAUUGCUCAUCGGAUGUCUACUAUUAAAGUAAUCAUAUAUUUUAUUUUAGAAUUGUAAAAUAAUAUAUGUAUUUGAUAAAGGUUAAAUUAUUGAAUAAGGCAAUUAUAAUUAUUUACUCAGCAUAAAAGGCCAUUUUUUUAGACUCGAAUAAGGACUUUUAAAUUAAAAUUUAGAAAAUAAAAUAACUUCCCAUGAAUUAUUAGAUGAAUGA